AUCUAAUCAUCAAAAUUAAAACUAACAGUUCUAGGAGGAAAUCCUCACAAUUUGAGGGUAGGCAAAGACUUCUUAGAUGGGACUAAAAACAUAUGAACUAAAAAAUAAAAAAGAUGAAAUGUGCCUUAUCCAAACAAACACACAAAAAAAGAAAACUUCUCUUCAAAAGACAACAUUAAUAAAAAGUCUAGCCAGGGAUUGGGAGAAAAUAAUCAGAAAACACACAUCUGACAAAAACAGAACAAAAUUUGUAUUCAUAAUAUAUCAAGAUCUCUGACAACUCAAUAGAAGACCAACAACACAAUUAAAAAAAUACACUUUACUGAAAAAAAAAACCCAUAGCAAUCAACCAUAAGAACAUGAAAAGAUGUUCAAUAGUAGUCAUCAAAGAAAUACAAAUUAAAUGCAGAAUUAGGUUCCACUAUGCACACAUUAGAAUGGCUAAAAUUUUGAAAAGACUGGUAAUAAUACUAAGUGUUGGUGAGUAUGUGGAGUAACUGAAAGUCUCACAUAAUAGCAAAUGAGAAUGCAAAAUGAUAUAGCCACUUUGCAAGCCAGUUUGGCAAUUUCUCAUAAAGUUAAACAUAUACUUACCACACAAUCUAGCAAUCCCCUUUCUAGAUAUUUACCUAGUAGAAAUAAUGUUUAUCAACGCAAAGACUUCUGGUGAAUGUUCAGUGUAGCUUUAUUCAUAAAAGCCCCAGCUAGAAACUAUGGAGAAGUCCAUCAACAAAUGAUUGGACAGUCUUUUGCCUGUUGGCUGGGGCCUGUCGUACACCGCUUCAGGGAGGGGCUCCACUGCAGCCAUGGUCUUGUUGCUUUUCUGGGCACCACUCCCUCCACCCCACUCUGCCUGCCUGACAUGAUGUGCUAUCGCACCAAUUCCUUCCCGGCUCUUGUGUGCUGUUCUGAGCAGCAUCACUCUUUAGAUCAGAAAGCUGGUGGGCACUAUGGAGAAGAAAUAAAACAAUAAAAAAAUAGAGGAGGUGCUGGAUGAGGGGGAAGAGAAAUAUGUGGUGGAAAAAGUUCUUGACGGUUGAAUGACAAAGGGCGAAGUGAAGUAUCUUCUAAAGUGGAAGGAGUUUUCAGGUAACAUGUGGGAGCCAGAAGAGAGCCUGGAUUGCCGUGAUCUCAUUGCCAAGUUUCUACAGUCACAGAAAACAGCACUUGAGACAGAUAAACCAGAGGGAGGCAAGCUCAAAGCUGACUCUGAUUCUGAAGAUAAGGGAGAGGAGAGCAAACCAAAGAAAAAGAAGAGUCAGAAAAGCCACAGAUUAUUAGAUCUACAGACUCGUGGAGAACUCAUGUUCCUGAUGAAAUGGAAAAAUGCUGCUGAGGCUGACCUAGUCCCUGCCAAGGAAGCCAAUAUCAAGUGCCCACCAGGUGGUCAUAUCCUUCAAUGAGGAAAGGCUGAUGUGGCAUUCUUACCUGUCAGAGAACAAUUACCAAAAAGAUGACAAGAAUUAACUCUCCUGAGUACUAGUGCUCCUGUCACGUCUGACUGUGGGUUUCAAGUUAGAAGGGAAGGAGUUAUACUGGUCUUGGCACCAGAGUUGGUUUGAGAAGACGUCCUUUGUAGAGUCAGUAGUACCAUUUUCUGUGCCCUACAGCAGCCCAAGUGCUUUAAAGCCUUUCCAUGCUGUGUAGUUUGCACACCCAUCCCAGGAAGGGAAAGGGGGAGAAAUGUUGCAAGGCAGCCCAUUAUGUACUUUUCUGAGAAAGGCAAAGGGCCUUCCAUGAAGAACAAAGCUUACAGAGUGGGUGUGUGGGAGAGCAAAAGAUAGGGUAGAUCUCCAAAGUACAUCUAUCUCCACAAUCCACAACCUUCUUCCCAAUACUGUUAACUCUGCAUUUUUACAGUGUAGCAUAUGUAUAGUUUUUGGCUGUUACUAGUGUAUUAUUUGGGGCUGUUACUAGUGUAUUAUUUGGGGUUGGGAAGGAACAGAGAUGGGUAGGAUUUUUUUUGUUAAAAUUUGAGAUCUGACUGGGGAAAUGGUAAAACAAUGAAAAGAAUAAACCAGCAGUGAUUUGGUUCUGUGUCCAGAAUAUUUUAUCUUUUCAAAAAUGUCAUUGGCAACCUAAAUGAGGACUAUGAGAAACUGUUUAAAAGCUGUGAAUGCUGGAAAUUUAUAAGCCAAGGUAUUCCCUUCUUGAGCUUAAUGCUGUUCCCAACAAAGUACUAAACCAGUUAAUAAAUUACCAAAGCUGCCAUUUGGGGAAUGGAAAUUGGUUGAGGAGGGAAAGUCUUAUUGGAGCAUAUACAUAGGCAGAUCGUUCUGUCUUAGGGGUGCAAAUUUUUGAAAUUGAUAAGAAACCCUUUCUUUUCCAAUUAUGAAAUGUUAAA